AUUAGGCAUUAUCUGCAGCAGCAGCAGUUAUCUCCAGAUACAGACAAGCCUCGGUGACAAGCCCAAACGCGGAGAGGACAACUACAAGUUUUUCGACUGUCGCUUAUUUUCGCUGAAGUUUGAAUUCUGGGCUAAAAUCAAGAAGAAAGAAGAGACUGGGAACCUCGACGGCGAUAUUCAAUCAAGUCACUUGGAAGAGAGGGUUCCCGACUUUAUCACCAACCAUCCUUAUCUGGAAAGAAUUUCAUUUUCUGUGGCCUCUGAUCAGGAAACCAUCGCAUUUGGAGAUUUUGGACGUUAACAAGGUUUUUAACUAGCCUACAAUCUGGGCGAAUUUUGAGAUUUCGAAAUCUAGCUUAUUCACUGGAUAUAUCAUGUAUUCGAGCCUGGCUUUAUCUUCCAACCCGUCCCCCUACGCACACGAUUCCGGGAACUACAUCCAUCCGUCUGCCAGCUCACCUGUGUAUGUACCCACCACUCGUGUACCAGCCAUGCUCCAGACCUUGCCCUACCUACAGACUUGCGAGUCCAGCCACCAAGCCCAUGGGAUCAGCAGUCACCACGCCUGGCCACAGACUGGCACCGAUAACUCUUCGUUCAACCCCGGUAGCCCUCAUCCACCGCCCGGUUUCUCUUAUUCGCACAGUCCGCCAGUGAGCAGCAGCACCGGCAGGGACGCCGCGUACCAGAACCCGUUAAUGUUAAGUAACGGCGGCCGUGCGGAUCAAUAUGGAAGUGCCCUGGUGCGCUCCGUCGGUGGCUCUUAUUCCAGCCCGUACGCGGCCUACAUGAGCCCGGAGAUGGCAACCUCAUGGACGCCUGGGCCCUUUGAUGGCGGCAUGAUCGGUCUUCAGGGACGCCAGGGAACUCUACCGGGAAGGAGGUCCAGUAUAGACAUGCUGGAUGACCUGCCGUGUGAAGGGCGCGAGUGUGUGAACUGCGGCUCAAUCUCAACGCCGCUGUGGAGAAGAGACGGAACCGGACACUACCUGUGCAACGCGUGCGGCCUUUACCACAAGAUGAACGGCAUCAAUCGACCUCUUAUCAAACCACAGAAACGCCUGCAAAGCACAUCACGACGAGCAGGUCUGUGUUGCACUAACUGUCAUACUAGUACGACAACACUGUGGAGGAGAAACGCAGAGGGAGAGCCAGUCUGCAAUGCAUGUGGACUUUACAUGAAGCUUCAUGGGGUACCAAGGCCAUUAGCUAUGAAAAAAGAAAGCAUUCAGACAAGGAAACGCAAACCAAAGAUGCCCAAAACCAAAUCAUCCUCAGGGUCAACAGUGUCUGGCGCUACGUCUCCCACUUCACUGCCUGUGUCAGAAAACGCCUCUACAAUAAAAAGUGAACCUAGUAUCGCAGCUUCUCCAUAUGCAGGCCAAACCGUUGUCUCGGUCACACAGGCAUCGACACAGUUGGAUAGUGCCAGUUCUGCCCAUGUGGACAUCAAAUAUGAAGACUACACAUACACCCCGACGUCGAUCGCCCCACAGAACUCCUGGUGUGCUCUGUCUCAAGCGUGAUCCGAGACCUCCACUGAAACCUCUCUGGCAUGGGAGAAAAGACUUUUAACUGAAUCUACCUAAUAGGACUUUUACACAAAUGUAGACAGACGGUGCUUAGGAAAGCAAGACAUUGACAGUAAUUUGUGCUACUUUUCCUCCUUGAUUUAUGGUGGCAUAUCUAUGAUGUCACGGCCAAUUCAUGCAAUUCCACCAAAAAUAUGGUGGAUGACAAGCAGCGCCUCUGUAACAGUUCUUGAGUUCCAAUGAUCGGGAGGACAAAAAACAUGCUUUUUAUGGCUACUGAACGUUUCAUGGCUUAGUUGUUAAUGAUUACCUUUUAAGAUACAUUAUUUAUGUUGAGAUAAGAAUGGUGGAGGCACACAAGUCUCUCUCCCAUAAUUCCCUUUAUCCUUCAGGGAAUGCGUCUUUAUGGUCGUUAUGACUUGAGAUCGCAUACUUUCCCUGGAUGAGGCCUUUUAAAAGUUUCCUUGUUGUCUUUGCUGAUUCCAGACUCUGUCAAUGUUGUAUUGUAUUCCUCCGAUGAUCUGAAGUGCAAUGACCCGCGCCGCUUUUCAGCCGAUUUUGAAAAGGGACACGUUUAUAUUAAUUGUUUCGAAAUUCUGUGUUUUGUUUUUUGUCAGAAUAUGUUAACCUAAAUUUAUUUGAUGUAUUUUGUUGAUAUAUAUUGGAAUUAUAUCGUUU